AUGUUAGAGGGUGAAAGAAAAUAAGGAUAAUUCCCAUAGUUGGAGAUGUCACACUUACUUUACGGUGGCAAAGAUUAAUUUGAUAAGUUUCUUGAGAGAUAGCACUUCUUUGAUACUAAUCCUAUGUUCAAAGUGAAUCAUGAUUUCUACAAUAAAUCAAGAUAAGAUCAAGUUUUUAUUAUAGUAUAUAACUAAGAUUCUCCUGAAUGCUGAAAGAACAGUAGAAGCAAUGAAGAAAUUAUCAUUGGGUGAUCCAAAUUACUACACUCCAAAUGUGUUGUGUCCACAGGGUAUCUUCAUAUCCACAGUUCAUUUUGCUAUGGUCAUACCUGCAUUCUAAGUCUUGGCAUCUGAUGAUUAGAUUACAAAAUGGAUGACUUCCUUAAAGAAUUUUAGUGCAAUUGGAUGUUAUGCUUAGACAGAAUUAGGUCAUGGUUCUGAUGUUUAGAAUUUGUAGACUAUAGCUGUCUUUGAUAAGUAAACUUCAGAGUUUGUGAUCCACACACCAAAUAUAGAAGCUACUAAAUGUAAUUCUAAGUAAUUUAGACUUAGUUUGGCCAGGAGAAUUGGGAUUGUAUUGUGAAUUUGCUUUGGUAUUUGCUUAAUUGCAAGUAGACGGUAAAGGAUAUGGAGUACAUCCCUUUUGGAUUAGAAUCAGAGACAAGGAGACUCAUAAGCCAUUAUCAGGUAUUGAAAUUGGUGAUAUUGGUCCAAAAAUGGGUUAUGCAGUUAAGGAUAAUGGGUUCAUGAGUUUUGAUCAUUAUCGAGCACCAUUGGACAGUUUAUUAAAUCGAUACAUCAAAGUCAGCAGAGAUGGAAAGGUGGAGAGAUAAGGAAAUCCAAAAGUUGGAUAUGGAAGUAUGAUGUAUAUGAGAAACAUUCUGUGUGAUCAAUAUACAAAGUUUGGUGGCAGAGCAUUAACAAUAGCAGUUCGUUACUCGUUGUAUAGAAAAUAGUUUAAAGAUGACAAUAAAUAGGAGAUCAGAAUCUUAGAUUAUUAAUGUUAAUAACAAAAGUUAUUCCCAUUAUUGGCAGAAUUCUAUGCUUGUGUUUUUGGAAGCAUAAAAAUAAAGGAAUUAGUAAAUGAGAAUUUCAAUAGAAUUUCUUAAUCAAAUGAUUUCAGUUUACUUGGAUUGACUCAUGCUGUGUUAAGUGGAGCCAAGGCUAAUUAUACAUAUUUCGUAUCGAAUUGUGCAGAAUGGUGUAGAUUGAGUUGUGGAGGACAUGGAUUUGCCCAUUAUUCUGGAUUGCCAAUCAUUUUCUUUGAAAUGUCUCCAAAUGUACGAAAUAUUAAUAUUAUUUAGAUUACUUUAGAAGGAGAAAACACUAUCUUGAAUUUAUAAUUAGCUAGAUACUUACUUAAAUAGUUGUAACACAUUGUCUCAAAACCAAAUGCAGUCCCAGAAUUCUUCAAGUUCUUAUCAUUAGAAACAGCAAAAGUCGAUGAUGUCACAACUAUUGAUAAUUUAAUUACGCUUUUAGGUUUGAAUUGUGCUAUUCUGACUAAAUAUGCUGCCUAAAAAUUAAUGUCUCAUACUGAUAUGAAAGAGAGUUGGGACACAAAAUCUGGAAUAGCAUUAGCCAAAGCCGCCUCUACAUUCAUUCCUUACUUUAAUAUGCUUUGUUUCUUAGAUACUAUUAAUAACAAAGCAAAAGAAACCAAGGAAAUUCUCACAGUCUUAGCUAGAAUCUAUGGUAUUACCAUGCUAUUGAAUAAUAUGUAAGGAUUAUUAUUAAGUAAUAUAAUAUAAUUAAGAAAUAGAAAAUCAACUUAACAGCUAAUAAAUUAAAACACUGUAAGAUACGAGGGAAUCACUAUACCCAAUCAUCAGAUCAAAUGCUUUAUGUUUAGUGGAAGCACAAGGAUUGUCAGAUAAUUCAUUGUAAAGUUUGAUAGCUCCAAAAGAAGGGGAUGUUUAUAUGAACAUGUACAAUUUCGCUUCACAAGAAAAUUCAUUAAAUAAAUAACAAGUGCACGAUGGCAUUAACUACAUUAAAAAAAUGAGAGAAGUGAAUGCUAAAUUAUGAUUUCUAACAU